AUGGACAUUCACAACCCACCAUUAAUUAUUCAAACUCAAUCGAAAAAGAAAUGUCAUGGUAAUCGACGAAAUCGACGUUUUCGACGAAAACGGCGUCAACGUGGAAUGAAACCAGCUCAAAUUGAACGAUUACUGAAUGAACGGAAUCGAACGGAUCAAAAUCAAAGACUUAGUCGUAGGGAUGAAUAUUUCAAAGAUUUCAUGGAUGAUAUCUAUGUCAAUGUACCGACAACUACAGAACAGAAUAUCAAUAAGCGUAAACGAGAAGUACCAUCUCAAGAACUGACUUCAUCUUCCGUCAUACCGAAAUCAAUCAGUUCCAUAUCAAUUCGACAGCCAUUGAAGAAGAAAAUGAACUGCGAGAAAUCAACAAUAGAUAUACACACACAAUUGAAUUAUAAACGACCAAUGUAUCUAAAACGCUCACCAAGAAUAUUAUUUCAAACUUUGAGCAACAAGUUAAACUAUCCUAUCCAACGGGAGGAUCUGCAGAUGUUCAUUUACAAAAGAUUGAAUUUGUUGGAUCACAUCUAUUAUUUUGAACUCGAUCUACAGUUAUGGACAUCAUAUUUAAAUAUUGGAUGGGAACAGCAUCNAGAUAUACACACACAAUUGAAUUAUAAACGACCAAUGUAUCUAAAACGCUCACCAAGAAUAUUAUUUCAAACUUUGAGCAACAAGUUAAACUAUCCUAUCCAACGGGAGGAUCUGCAGAUGUUCAUUUACAAAAGAUUGAAUUUGUUGGAUCACAUCUAUUAUUUUGAACUCGAUCUACAGUUAUGGACAUCAUAUUUAAAUAUUGGAUGGGAACAGCAUCAAUGGCCUGAACAACUCAAACGAAUGGCAAAAACAACUGACUUCAUUUUGUGCCAACAAUAUCUCAUUAAUUAUGUUGAACACAUCAAUCGACACAUAGGACAAUGCAAGGUAGAAUUAAAUACACAAUCAGCAUUCUGUCCAAUUACACCAGUAUCAUUUCAACGAAUUGAUUGUUGUCUAAAAGAAUUCGUUGAUUCAGAACGCAAAUACUUAUCGAAAAGAAAUCAAAACCAACUAAACAAAUUCAAAAAUGACAUCGAAGAAAGUAAACUCUAUGAAUCGAUAAGAAUGAAAUAUGCAACAAAUGAUAUCUUUAAUCAAUUCACCGAAAUAAGACAAAAACAAGCUGCAAUCUGGGAAGAACAACAAAUUUUAGAAACGAGAAUUGUUUGUAAAUUUCUACCGCCACAUUGUGAUGCACUGGAAAGAAUUAUUUCACUAGUGAAGCCUAUAUUGUUGAAUGAUGAGCAUAGAAACAUCAGAUUGAAAAAUGAACGAUUGAAAAUUAUACAAGAAGCCAAACGUAAAUGGUUACGUUUGACAAUAAUGGAUCAUGAGAUGCAAUUACAAGAUUAUGAUUUAGAAUAUCAACAAAUAUUGCAACAAUUCAAAUCGAAUGUUGAAAUGAAUACUCAAGAAGUCAAUAAUACUACUACAUGGAAUGCGAUCAAUCGUUAUAUGAUGCACUAUACCAAUCAAUUAAAACAGGAUAUUACAAAAAGAAUGUUAGGUUAUCAAAGAAGACUUCAACGUAAUCAUCAACGUUCAUCUCGAGCAAAGAAUUUGAUUGGUGUGUCGCCUGAACCUUAUCUUGAUUUGAAGUCAAAUCCGUUUAGUGUAGAAGAAUGGAAUUAUUUAAAAUUAGGUCCAUCAUUCAUCCGAUUGAAUCAAAGUGCUAUUCGUCCUCAACAACAACAGCAAAUUGAACUUCAACAUGAACAUGAUGGUAUUGCCAGUAGAAUUCAAGAUUAUCUAGUUCAAUUUUAUCAAAUACCAAGAACAGCUUCAAUUUUUCAAGAAUAUUCCUAUCAGCUUUGGAAUUAUCUCUAUCAAUCUUAUUCGGCACCUGUACCAUAUAAAGAUCGAAUUCUAGCACAACAGCAAGCACAAAUAGAACAACUCAAACGAAUGGCAAAAACAAAUGAUUUCAUUUUGUGCCAACAAUAUCUCAUUAAUUAUGUUGAAUGCAUCAAUCGACACAUAGGACAAUGCAAGGUAGAAUUAAAUGCACAAUCAGCAUUAUGUCCAAUUACACCAGUAUCAUUUGAACGAAUUAAUUGUUGUCUGAAAGAAUUCGUUGAUUCCGAACGCAAAUACUUGUCGAAAAUAAAUCAAAAGCAACUCGUUAAAUUUAAAGAUGACGUCGAAGAAAGUAAACUCUAUGAAUCGAUAAGAAUGAAAUAUCCAACAAAUGAUAUAUUUAAUCCAUUCAUUGAAAUAAGACAAAAACAAGCUGCAAUCUGGGAAGAACAACAAAUGUUAGAAACGAGAAUUCUUUGUCAAUUUCUGCCACCACAUUUCGAUGCAUUGGAAAGAUUUAUUUCACCAGUGAAGUCCAUAUCUUUGAAUAAUGAGCAAAGAAAUAUCAGAUUGAAAAUUAUUCAAGAAGCCAAACGUAAAUGGCUACGUUUGACAAUAAUGGAUCAUGAGAUGAAAUUACAAGAUUAUGAUUUAGAAUAUCAAAAAAUAUUGGAACAAUUCAAAUCGAAUGUUGAAAUGAAUACUCAAGAAGUCAAUAGUACCACUACAUGGAAUGCGAUCAAUCGUUAUAUGAUGCGCUAUACCAAUCAAUUAAAACAGAAUAUUACAAUAAGAAUGUUAGGUUAUCGACGACGACUUCAACGUAAUCAUCGACGUUCACCUGAAGCAAAGAAUUUGAUUGGUGUUUCACCUGAACCUUAUCUUGAUCUAAGCUCAAAUCCAUUUAGUGUAGAAGAAUGGAAUUAUUUAAAAUUAGGUCCAUCAUUCAUCCGAUUGAAUCAAAGUGCUAUUCGUCCUCAACAACAACAGCUAAUUGAACUUCAACAUGAACAUGAUGGUAUUGCCAGUAGAAUUCAAGAUUAUCUAGUUCAAUUUUAUCAAAUACCAAGAACAGCUUCAAUUUUUCAAGAAUAUUCCUAUCAGCUUUGGAAU